CUGUUCCUGCCCUUGGCGAAGACGUGAGCUCGCCUCCUCAAAGCGCCUCCCUCGGCAAGGAUCGUGUUGUGUGCGCACGACCGGGAGCUACGAGCAACACGAUGAGCUUCGGAAUGGAGCAGGCCCGCGAGAAGCUGCGACAGGCAACCGCUGUCUGCGCGUCUGUGGAAACAGGAUACUGGCAGCACCGCAGCGGCAUCAAUGGCAAGAGCGCAGCGACGUUUUCGCAGUACAGGGAGCGGUUGGUUGAGGAGAAACACGCGCUUACCGGAGAGGUUUUGAGCCACCUCGGGCUGCAGUGGGUUGCCCCCUCCCACGGAGCGUCGCCAAGCCGUUCUGCCGCUUCAACAGCAGGCGAGCCGCCCGCCGCUGGCAAGUUGUUGCUCCCGCGGCCCCCGUUCCCUCGACCGGCGGCAGUCGACAAUCGCUUCCAGCGGGCGAGCGUGCCGCCCCUCGCCGCCGCGGGCGGGCGCUCCUCGCGUGUAGUCGACGAGGAGCAAAAGGAACGCUCGCGUGAGGCCGGCAGCGCCCAGCGAGAGCCGUCGUCUCGAGGGGUUUGGGUGGAGGAGGACCAGUUUUCUCCCAGGAUGCGGCCUGCCUACGAAAACAACGAGAAAGACGCGCAGGAGCAAGUAAUUGUCUCUGCUGCUGAGCGAGGAUACGAGGCAGCUUCCACGCCGCCGCCGACCGCCCAGCAGCAGCAACAACAGCGGCAAGAGCAGCGACAGCAGCCCAAGGACCACCUCCAACACCCCGAUCUCGCGACGCAGUACGGCGAUAGCAGCGGCGCCACCGCGGAUCUGGGAGGCCGCAGCCGCCUUUGGAACACGGAGAACGAGGUGCCCAGUCCUGCUGCUGCCGUUACACCCGCCGCUGCUGGCCGCGGCAGCGAUGGCGUCGUCGGCGAUAAUGGUGCUCUGGUCUCCCCGCCGCGCCAACAACGCCACCUUCCCCCCACCGCCACGGAGCAACAGCAGCAGCAGCAGCAGUCCGCAUGGGGGAAGCUCAAGAAGCUGGACCACCAUCACCACCACCCGCGCGAGAUAUCGCCGUCGCUGGUGUCCACGCUGCCGGCGGUGCUGGUGGAGACUGGCCCGCUCCCGCCGCUGACCGGCACCGCCGCUGCGGACGGCGGCGGCGGCGGCGGCGCCCCCCUGCCGUACAAGCGUACCAGGAAGACGUCGGCCGAAGAGCACCAGGACUUCAUGAACGCCGCUGGCAGCGCCGCCGUGACGACGGGCGUCGGGCCUUACCGCCCGUUUCUCGGGUCCCCUGAGAUGGCGGCGGUGGCGGUCUCCGAGGCGAGCUCGCGGGGCUCGUUCUCGUCGACGGGCUCCUCUCCCGCGCUGCAGCACAACCACCACGGCUUCUACCCGGCAACGGCGGCGGGCGGCGACUUCCCUGCCUCUUCUGCCGCCGCGGACCCUGAUCACAUCCCCUUCCGCCGCGUGUCUAUAACGUCCACGACCUCUCACGACUGGGAGCAGCAGCACGAGAUGCGGCAGCCGCGCGCCGGCGACGUGGACGGCGGAGGCGCCGGCGGCGGUGGCGCUGCCGCCGACCGCGAGGACGCCGCCGCCGCCGUGCGGGUGCUGGGCUUGCGCAACGGGCACGCCUCGGCCGCGGCGGCGGCAGCGGUGGCGGCCACGGAGCCGUCGACGUCAUCGGACGCGGUGGUGGUGGGGUCGAAGAGGUUUCGCGAUUCCUUCGAGGAAAUUCAAUCGCCACUGCCGCUGCAGAUGUCGCUGCCGCCGGCGGUGAAGAUCGUUCGCCCGGGCGGCGGCGCGGUGGGCCCCCCCACCACCAUGACGAGGCACGGCAGGGGCGGCGUCGCCCCCAACGGCACCGCCGGCGGUGGCGGCCGACGCCCCUCUACGGGGAUGCGCCAGCGGGUGGACAGGAGCAAGGAGACCGGGACUACAGUCGCGCCCAAGGGCGCGCAGGCUUGCAGGGACGUCGGGUGCCACCGCCGCCCCAUCUACGCCUUCAAGGGUGACACGAAGGCUCUGUGCUGCCCGAUCCACCGGUCCGCAGAGAUGGUGAACGUGAGGCAUCCUCUGUGCCGUCACGAGUCGUGCUUUCGCCAGCCGAGUUUUGGGAUGGAGGGUGACCAAAGGGCUUCCUUCUGUUCCGAGCAUAAGCUCCCGAAGAUGAUAAACGUCUCCAGCCGUCGUUGCCAAGCCACCGGCUGCCUUCGCCACCCGAACUUCGGCUUCCAGGGCGACCGCAGGGCGACCUUCUGCUGCCGGCACAAGGCGACGGGCAUGAUCGACGUCGUGAGCAGGCGCUGCCAACACCCGGGGUGCGUGCGGCGGCCUCUGUACGCCAUGGCCGGCCAGCGCGCCAUGUUCUGCAGGACUCACAAGGACCCCGGCCACACCGACGUUGUCAGCAGGCGCUGCAACUUCGAGGGCGGCUGCGACCGCCACCCAAGCUUCGGCUGGAAGCAGGGCGACGGCAAGGCCAGGCGCUGCGCCCACCACCGCCUGGAGGGGAUGGAGAGCGUCAAGGUCAACAACCGUCGUGGCAGUGCUGCCGCCGCAGCCGCCGCAGCCGCUGCCGCCGCCGCAACCGCCCCGACACUGGCGCAAGCUUGGUAGAGCGGGAUCGAUUGGCGACAACGGUAGUUCCACCGGCGGCGUGCUCGGUAAUGUUUUGUUGACAGGAGUGGUGACGCUACACGGCAGACACCAACGAUGAUUCGCAUGUUGAGACAUGGAUGAGUCACCUUACCCUUCGGCACAGGACCGCGCGUAUGCGUGAGGACAGGUAGCUCAUGGCUUGUAUUAGGGUAGCGGUAGAGCCCGUGAUUUGGCAUGAUGAUGUGUCGCAGGUGGUUGCGGUUCGGGGAGCUGUAGCGAGGCGGCCCAAUAGUCUCUUGAGAAAAAUGAAGACAAUGCAACAGCGCGUAUUCAAAGGCUUUGUUUCUUGUGGGAGGGGGGUUGGAUUUCGUGGGCGAUCCCCGUGGUUGUUUUCGGCAGGUGGUCAUGAAAUCGCACCAUGUGAUUGUAGAGCUUGUUUUGUUGUUGUCGUGGUAGGAGAUGCGCAACUCCCUUUUUAUUUUUGUUUCUUGGGAUGGCUUUACGAACUGGCACCAUGUGUUGGGGAGCGUUUUUCUUUUUCUGCGGGAGAAGGACCGUGACCCCUAUUUUUUUAUGUUUUUCUUUUCUGCUGGGAGAAACAUACGCCGACGCGUACAGCGCACGGCGAAGAACAUGUGUGUGGUACAUGUUGAUGCAUCUACCUUUUUGUAAUUUCAUGGUUGACCUUUUGCAGUGUCCUUUUCGUUGUUUUUGCCGUUGUGGACGAGUGCAACAUAUACUGGCAAAAACUUUUUUUUUUUUAAGAUGAAUGUCUCGUGUAGAAGUGUAGCUGAGGCGGGGGCAUCUCCCCCUCUUGUUGUCGCGCUAGCACAAGUACAGAUAUCGUGCGGUACGAGAGAGGGAGAAGGAGAGAGAGGGGUGAUCAACCGGUUCAUAAGUUGUUCGUGGGUAAAAGGAGUUCUAUCAGUCACUGCUUGGUGCGCCACGGACCUAGACUUUUUAAAGGAUGGGGGGGAGGUAAAUCAAUCGUGUUGUCUUGUACGUAAGCUUUUUUUUUUUACGAAUGUCGUGUUCCAGUUGGCUGUAAAGCGCCUCGCGUCCUAACAAUGUAUAAGCCUGUGGCGUGGGUCGAACGGUGUGCGACGUUCUUCCGUGUUCAUGCGUUUCCCUCGAUCACCAACGGAAGGCUGGGAGCCGGAUUGACGGCGUUCUUUGUGGUUUGGUGGGAGGGGGGCAGCGUGCUUGCGAGGGUUGUUGCGCCGCGGGAGAGUGGGGAAGAGAAAGUGAGAAGAUGAUCUGAAACGAAAGUGGCGGUCGACGUUUCGCUACAAAUUGCUUUGGACGUUGUGACCGUAACUUGAUCUCAACUGCCCGCUUGCCUGCCUGCCUGCCUGCCUGCCUGCCUGGUCUUCUUUUAGGCACCGGGACCGAUGGUCUGUUUCUUGUUCUUCGUCUCCCGACUGUGCUGUUUUUUUGUAUCAUAGUUUAGUUUCGGAGGUUGGUUGGGUGUGUUUUGCGCACUACAGCAGCAGUACUGCCAUACUUGGAUACUUGAAUCCUCCGCCUUUCCUCUGAUGUUUGUCUUGUGUUAUUUGGUUCGUGUCCCGAUGCAAUUGCCUUUUCUUUGUUUAGUUUCAUGUUGUUUGUCUUGGGUGCUUGUUAGGCGUGUGCAAGAGAGAAUAGGUGAUGGGUAUAAGGUAACCGGUUUGGUUCUUGUCAUGUACAUCGCGGGGAGCACUGGCGGACGUGUCCCCGCUAUCAUCGUGCCGCAUAAGCUUUUGUGUGUCUCCCGUCGUUCGUGUGCCGUCCCUGAGCGCUCGGGCAAGUGCGCAGGGGGUGUAUGCUUGUCACGGACAACGAUGUUACGGUUGGGGAGAGGCUGUUUUCUUUGGGCUGAAGCUAUAUUUCCAGCAAGUGCAAAAAAAAAGGCAUAUACUACUACCACGUGUAGUGUGUUCGUCGUUUUGCAAAAUGUAUGACGCGUGUGUCUUUUUUUCUUAAUUUAGCAUAUCGACUGACCGCGAUUGAAAAAACCGGCUGACCUAUGAAAAGACAGACGUCGUCGGUAAUGCGUGUGUUUUGUUCCUUGUGGUAGGUACACCCGGCUGGCCUCAUCAUCAUCUUCACCGCUCUCGUGCAGGGCGGUGUAGUUGUCCUGUGUGUUUGGGACGUUUUACGGGUGGGUCGUACGCGUGAGAAUCAAUGUGUAGGCGCUUCCUUUUUUCCCAUUUGGUCUCUUGUCUAUUGUUCCAUAAUCGAGUCGUUGAGAUCCCGUUGGUCCCACCCCUCCUCACGUUUAAUCAGGGAAUGACUAGUGGAUGGCUGUGUUGUCGAGACUUUGCGCAGAACGCGGAAGUAGUGUGUUCGUUGUUUCUUGUCGUUCUAGUCGAGGUGUUGCUGUCGGGCGGGUAAAGUCACCCAUGCCCCCGUUGUUUUCAGUGAUGUGGUGUGUAUAUAUGUGCUGGAGCCGUUUUUUUGGAGGGGGGCUGAGGCCCUCCCAAUCUAUAGCAUUCGGUUCAAUUUUUAUUCCGAGGGAUGUUGAUUUAACCUGCGGCCGUUCUUCAUAUUUGACGCACAUUAAGUUUUAGCGUAGUAGGCAAAAAAAGUGUCAAGAACCGUUUUUCCAUGGUUUCUUUUCUUUGGUUCCACACCCGACAAUGAUAGCAUCAUGGGACUGUAUGCAGUAGGUAAAUAGGUGGUGUUUUAUCCUACCGCCGUCAUUAUUCGUCUAGGUUACAUGUACCAGAUCAUAUAAAUGGAAUCAGGAUAAUGUCGUGGAGCAUCUUAGUAAGCGUACUACGUACGGCGUUUGGAAGCAGGCUUUGGGAGAUGAGAUUGUCGUAGCCUUUGCGCUGCCUCCCAAAAUACAGGGAAGACCGACCGACCUUCGUGUGCAGGAGGUGUUUCCAGCGUGCUUUCUCUCACGGAGUUUUCCCCAGCGAUGUUGUAUGUGAUUUUAGCCCUACCCACGUAUGUAUGUAUGUGGAGGUGGGUCUUGUGCGUGAUGAGGCAUAUUUCUGGUCGUCCCCGAGGUUUUUCCCGCUCGGAGAUUGUGUGCUUGUCAUGUCUAGACUCGGCUUUGCAGGUCGGCGUGUCGGGCUGUUGUCAUAAUAAGAACACGCGUUUGGUUGUAGAGCAAGGUUGCGAUUUGCAUGUGCGUUUCGUGUUCCGCACCCCCUCGCGUAAAUUAGUCGUAUCAAUUUGAGGGGGAGGGGAGGGGGGUGAUAAACAAGAGAAAACAUUCUUAUUUUGUCGAAGAGAACGGUUUCAGCGGGGGAUUCGGUGGAUGGAUGCACAUGGAACAGCGUUGAGCGCCUCGUGACGCCCCAAACAAUAGACAGUG